AUGAAUUUGUACCACAUCUCGAAAGACCAUGAAGAACCUGCAGAUCUUGCUGAAGAUGGUGGUAGCAGAUUGUUGGCUAUGCAUAUGCCGUACACAUCAUUGCCGGAACCGAUUAAAGCUGUCGACUCAAAGUCUAAGAUUGUUUAUGUUUAUAGAGAUCCUAAAGACACUUUGAUUUCAUUUUGGCACUUCUUUAACAAAAUUAGAGUCAAGAACCCAAAACCAAUUUCACUUCAAAUUGUUUACGAGAAGUUUUGCAAAGGUGUUAAUGUGGGUGGACUAUUAUGGGACCAUGUUUUAGGGUACUGGCAUGAAAGCUUGAAAAGACCUGAAAAGGUUUGUUGCGUGAAAUAUGAGGAAAUGAAAAAAGAGCCCAAACUACAUUUGAUGAAACUGGCUGAAUUCUUGGGUUAUCCAUUUUCGAGCGACGAAGAGAAACAAGGAAUAGUAGAUGAAAUAGUUAAGUCUGUAGCUUUGGAAAUUUAA